AUGAACUGCGCCGACAACUCUGGUGCCCGUAACCUGUACAUCAUCUCCGUCAAGGGUAUCGGUGCCCGCCUGAACAGACUGCCCGCCGGCGGUGUUGGCGACAUGGUCAUGGCCACCGUCAAGAAGGGAAAGCCCGAGCUCCGCAAGAAGGUCCACCCCGCCGUCAUCAUCAGACAGUCCAAGCCCUGGAAGCGCACCGACGGUGUCUUCCUGUACUUUGAGGACAACGCUGGCGUCAUCGUCAACCCCAAGGGUGAGAUGAAGGGUUCGGCCAUCACCGGUCCCGUCGGAAAGGAGGCUGCUGAGCUCUGGCCGCGUAUUGCCUCCAACUCUGGUGUCGUCAUGUAA